AUGCCCUCCUCCCUCACCGAGCCUGAGGUCAUUCCUCAGUACAGUUUCAUGGAUGACUAUAGUGAAGGCGCACAUCCCCAACUACUGGAAGCUCUGUUGCACACGAAUGCCACGCAACAGAUCUCCUAUGGAAAUGACGAAUACUCCAAUGAAGCUCGUCAAUUCAUUCUAUCCAAACUGUCUGCCACAAAUGACGACGUCUCCAUUCACUUUGUGCCCAGCGGAACGUCAGCCAAUCUGAUCUGCAUCGCUAGCUGCCUCCGUCCAUAUGAGGCGGUUCUGACAGUCGACUCGGGGCAUAUUGUGAGCAAAGAGGCCGGAGCCAUUGAGGCCACGGGACACAAAACGAUCCUAGUCCCGGGAGUAAGAGGCAAAAUGGUCCCUGAGAAUCUGGAACGCGUCGUACGGCAGAACCAGUUCUUCCCUCACUCCGCCAAACCUCGACUGGUGUAUAUCUCCAACGCCACAGAGCUGGGAACGAUCUACACGAAGCGUGAACUAGUCGAGCUUUCCACGACAUGUCGUCGGCUGGGACUCUUGCUCCUCAUGGAUGGUGCCCGGAUCGGCGUAGCUCUGAGCGCGCCGGGCAACGAUCUGACCAUGAGAGACCUGGUUGACCUCACCGACAUCUUCUGGAUUGGAGGGACCAAGAUGGGAGCGCUGCUGGGUGAGGCGAUUGUGGUUGGGAAGCAUCUGGCGGAAGAUUUCGUUUUUCAUCUCAAACAGCACGGUGCCUUGCUGGCCAAGGGUCGUGUAAUGGGAGUCCAGUUCCGAGAGCUGUUUCGAGAUAAUCUCUUUUUUGACUUGGCGCGACAUGCCAACGAGAUGGCACAGCGGAUCUCUGCCACUUUUGAGAAGCUGGGAUAUCAACUCGCGGCUACCACAGAUACCAACCAAGUCUUUGUGACGCUGCCAGAGCGGUUAAUCCAACGGUUGGAGGAACGGUACCGAUUCUAUGUGUGGGAGCGGCUGGAGAAUGGGGAAUGCAUUGUGCGCAUUGUGACUUCAUGGGCGACGGAUGCGUUGCAGGUGGACAAAUUCAAUGCUGUUAUUGAACAGUGGACGAUAGAGACGACCAGCUGA